CGCCGAGCCUGUCAAUACGGUGAAGAAAUGCAGUGUUUGCUGCAGCGGGCUCCGUGUAGCUUUACGAAAUCCUUGUGUUUUUUAAAGGUGGGAAAUGGCCUCGCUCCAGAAGUACAGGUUUAUUCGGCACUACACCAUGGAAGACGUGCGGGUCUGAAGACAGCGAGUGGGCAAAGCGCUCGCUAGCCGUCGCCAUCCAGAUAAAACUGGGUUCGUGGACAGAAGAAAGCAGACAACAGGAUCCGGACACGUUUACACAGACCUAUGAGACUGUUAUCAGGUGAGAGAUGGAUAUGAGAGAGGUGUAUGUGGUGGCCGGCAGCUUUGUGGGGUUUCAGCUGUUCUUCUCGUGCGUCAGUCCGGUUCUGUCUUCCAACUUCACGCAGGGUUAUGGGAAACUUCCUCCACACAAACUCAAUGACUGGAACUCCAGGGGUGAUCCUAACAUGGUUAAGCUCAAUGUGGCCAUCACCUGUGGAUACCUGUUCUAUGACCUGGUGCUACUGGCUUGUAACUGGAGUACCAUGGGUGACAUCUUUUUUGUCUGUCACCACUUGGCGGCGCUGUACGCUUAUGGAUUUGUGCUGACACGUGGAGUGCUUCCUUAUUUUGCGAACUUCCGACUGAUUUCAGAAUUGUCAACGCCAUUUGUAAAUCAAAGGUGGUUUUUCGAAGCGUUAGCUUACCCUCGUACUCACCCGCUGGUUGUCGCCAACGGCGUCGCAAUGGCGGUCGUGUUCUUCCUCGUGCGGAUCGCCGUCAUGCCCCCCUACUGGGCGAAAGUGUUUGGCACCUUCGGUACGCCGGCGUUCGAAAGGCUCGGCCUGGCGGCUCAGGUGGCCUGGAUCGUUUCCUGCGUUUGUUUGGAUAUCCUCAACACAAUCUGGAUGUACAAAAUCACCCGCGGCUGCUACAAGGUCAUUACCGGCAAACUAAGAGGAGGCAAAGUGGACUCCAAAAAGAGCAAUUACAUAAACAACCACACCGACUGAGAAUCAUCGGCAAUAGAUUAGAUUAAACACAGUCUCUAGUCAGAAUAUAGGAACUUCUGAGUUUUCCAUUGCACUCUGCAUGGACGUACUCUCGAAACAGAGGUUGAGAGGAGGGAGUAUCAUCAUCCCAAUGUGGUUUCAACCUCUAUGUCAUGAACAGACACUCUGACUGGUGAAAGUCAAGCAGACGAACUAACCCGGUUAUGCCUCAAACACAACCAAAGUGCCUCCAAGCACAAGGAGAAGCAAUAGAACAUAAGCUUGUGAUCAUGAAAAGUCCAUCAGAUCUUCAUCACAUGGCCUUAUCCACUUAGCACCCAACUAAUCGUCGCUUUGGGAGCCGUGUUUCCUGUGAUAUUUACACUGAUGUGCCUCAGUGGCCUCCAAGUAUAAACAUUUAUCACUUAUUAAUCAACUUUAAUCUUACGCCAAUCUGACCGGCUGCAAGGCUCUGUGAAACCUCAGAUCUACCUCUAUCAUCGUGUCAAGCACAAUUGUAGUGUACCUGCCCGUCCCAGAACGAACACCUUGAGGAACAUCUUGAAAUGACAGCACUAAUAGUUCAGACUUUCAGAACUCAUCUUAUGUUGCACGUCAAUCACACUUUUGCAUUUCCAAAAGACAUUCUCCAUGUGGAAAUGAUGUGAAAGGUGGUUUCUUUAGCAAAUACAUAUGUGCAUGCUUCAAUUCUGACCAUAUGAAGUCACUUCGCAUUAGAUUCGAGGAGCUGCGGUGGUUUAUCUAUUUCUCAGGUUCUUGCCUUUUCUAGAGCCCUCACUAAACUAUACAUGCACAGGUUGUAGACAGUUUUGUUCUUGCCAUGCAGAUUAUUUUAAACAUUCAAAGCUCAAAGCUGGAUGGAAACUGGUGCAAAUUCACAUCUCAGUCCUGGUUCUGUCGUUUCUUCCUGCCAAAUUCAUGUUUUUGAUUUUUUUUUUUUUUUUUCAGCUUGUUGGUCA